AUGGGCGACUCUGGGGGUAGUGCAAUGCUGCACAAGUUAGCCUCGAGGCUUGAUCGUGAUCCAGGAACUCCAGUUGAAAGUCCGACCGAGUCAUUCUGGCAAGUACCCCGCCACGAAUUUGCAGACCAGCAGUCAGAGACUCUUCCCAAGGAGACCGAUGUCGUCAUCAUUGGCUCAGGCAUCACGGGUAUCAGCAUAGCACAGCAUCUGCUCAGGCUCCUAGCCUCGUCGAAGAUCACCAUGCUUGAAGCUCGCUCGGCGAUAUCAGGAGCCACGGGUCGUAAUGGGGGACACAUCAAGGCUGUUCCAUGGGCAGACUACUACGCCCUCAAAAACGCGAUGGGGAAAGAAAGUGCAAUGAAGAUCACGAAAUUCCGGUUAGCACAUCUGGAUGCUCUUGUCAAUGAGGCGGCAGCAUUGGGCGACGCGGGCGAGGUGGGCUUGGUGCGCCGCGUGGAAGGGGUGAGCGCCAUCUUUGAUCUGGAAGCGUGGCAAGCGGCCAAGCUCAAGCUGGAGGCCUGGCUUGAGGACUUUCCUGAGGAGCGCGAGCGGUGGACUAUCCACGAAGGAGAAGUGGAAUUGAAGAAUCUCGGCAUUGCCACUGCCUACGGAUGCAUAAAAGGCCCUGCUGGGGCUGCGUGGCCAUAUCGAUUUCUAGGCGUGGUGAUGUCGAAAUUACUCGAGAGCGGACAGCUGACGCUCGAGACUCACACCCCCGUAACAGAAAUACGUCGGAGCCAAUCUUCCAGCCACCCAUAUGAAGUAGUCACAAGCAGAGGCACCAUAUCCACGAAGCAAGUCAUUCACUGUACGAACGGGCACGCUGCUCACCUGCUUCCCUAUUUGAGAGGAAGACUCUGGCCACUGAGGGGUCAGAUGACAGUCCAGUCGGUGCCUCAGGACUUUCCACGACUGGGCGGCUCCAGGUCGUGGAGCACGAUGUGGGCGAAAGGAUUCGACUAUAUCACGCAAUCCCCGGGCGAUGACGGUUCGCUCUAUCUCGGUGGCGGCUUCUUCCAAGGUGGUCCAGAAAAGGACGAGGAUCUCGGCAAUACUGAUGACAGCCAGUUGAGUGCUCAGUGCCUUGUGCACCUCGAGACCGUGGCACGCAAAGCGUUUGUCCACGGCACAGGUGUCCAGAUAGACAAGAAAUGGACCGGCAUCAUGGGCUUCACAGGAGAUGGACUCCCCCUGGUCGACCGUGUCCGCAGCUUCAUGUCCGGGCGAGAAGAAUGCCAUUCCCAGGAUGGUGGUGAAUGGAUCGCCGCUGGCUGGGACGGAUACGGCAUGGUCCAUUGCUGGCUUGCGGGCAAAGCCCUUGCAUGUAUGGUGGCGGGCCGCGAGGAGCAGGUUCUCGACUGGUUUCCAAGGCACGAGUUCCGUUGCACGCAAGAUCGUUUAGAGAAGAUGAGCCCGGAAAGCGCACUCGCCCGUUUUCUCGGCUUGCUAGAUUGA